AUGUCUGAAGGCGACACCAAACCCCCAAACCCUGUGGUGGCCGAAGCCCACCAGGUCAACACCUAUGAUGUGCCCAAGGCGUUCUUCGACAAGCACCCCAAGAAGCCGCACAUCGAUGGCUUGGACCACUACAAGCAGAUGUACAAGGAGUCCAUUGAGCAGCCGGACAAAUUCUGGGGGAACCAAGCCCGCGAGCUCUUGACCUGGGACCGAGACUUCCAGACGGUGCACAGCGGCACCCUGGCCAACGGCGACAACGCCUGGUUCGUAGAGGGCAGGCUCAACGCCUCGUACAACUGCGUUGACCGGCAUGCAUUCAAGAACCCAGACAAGCCGGCCAUCAUCUACGAAGGCGAUGAGUCAGGCGGGGGCCGCACCAUUACCUAUGGAGAGCUCCUCCGCCAGGUCUCCCAGCUCGCCUUCGUGCUCAAGGAGAUGGGCGUCAAGAAGGGUGACACCGUCGCGCUCUACCUGCCCAUGAUCCCCGAAGCAGUUGUCUCUUUCCUUGCUUGUUCUCGUAUUGGUGCCGUCCACUCGGUGGUGUUCGCGGGUUUCUCAUCGGACUCUCUCCGCGACCGCAUAAUCGACGCCGAAUCCAAGGUCGUCAUUACUACUGACGAGGGCAAGCGCGGCGGCAAAACCAUCGGCACGAAGAAGAUUGUAGACGACGCGCUCAAGCAAUGCCCAGACGUCAAGGGCUGCCUCGUGUUCAAGCGAACAGGCUCAGACGUGCCGUGGACCAAGGGCCGAGACCUGUGGUGGCAUGAGGAGGUCGAGAAGUGGCCUAACUACAUCCCGCCAGAGCCUAUGAGUUCGGAAGAUCCCCUCUUCCUGCUCUACACCUCCGGCUCUACUGGCAAGCCGAAGGGUGUUAUGCACACGACCGCUGGGUACCUUCUGGGCGCCGCAUCUACCGGCAAGUACGUCUUCGACAUCCACGACAGCGAUGUCUUCUUCUGCGGCGGUGACGUUGGCUGGAUCACCGGACAUACUUACGUUGUCUACGCGCCUCUGGUGCUCGGUGUCACAAGUGUCGUCUUUGAGGGCACGCCCGCCUAUCCCGACUUCUCCCGCUACUGGGAGGUGGUCGCACGGCAUAAGGUCACCCAGUUCUACGUCGCCCCUACUGCGCUGCGUCUGCUUAAGCGCGCUGGCGAUGAGCACGUCAAGCACGAGAUGGAACACCUGAGAGUGCUAGGCUCGGUCGGCGAGCCGAUCGCUGCUGAGGUUUGGAAGUGGUACUUUGAGAUUGUCGGCAAGGAGACGGCACAUGUUGUGGACACAUACUGGCAAACGGAGACGGGCUCCCAUGUCAUCACGCCGCUGGCUGGCGUGACGCCUACCAAGCCCGGCAGCGCCUCCCUGCCUUUCUUCGGCAUUGAGCCCGCCAUCAUAGAUCCCGUAUCCGGUGAGGAGGUUCACGGCAACGACGUCGAGGGUGUGCUUGCGUUCAAGCAGGCAUGGCCGAGCAUGGCACGCACCGUCUGGGGCGCACACAAGAGGUACAUGGAUACUUACCUGAACGUGUAUAAGGGAUACUACUUCACCGGCGAUGGAGCUGGCCGUGACCACGAGGGCUACUACUGGAUUCGUGGCCGAGUAGAUGAUGUUGUCAACGUCUCGGGUCACAGACUGUCAACCGCUGAGAUUGAGGCGGCCAUCAUCGAGCAUCACUCCGUCGCCGAGGCGGCCGUAGUUGGCAUCAACGACGAGCUCACCGGCCAGGCUGUCAACGCCUUUGUGGCGCUCAAGGACAGCAGUGAGUCGACCGAGCAGAUCAAGAAGGAUCUCAUCCAGCAAGUCCGGAAAUCCAUCGGUCCGUUCGCCGCGCCCAAGGCCAUCUUCCCGGUUCCAGACCUGCCGAAGACACGGUCCGGCAAGAUCAUGCGCCGCAUUCUGCGGAAGAUUCUCGCUGGCGAGGAGGACCAGCUCGGCGACACAUCGACGGUAAGCUGA